AUCAUGAUGGAACGAGAGACAAACCGUCCCCGGUUUGGGUUUAUUACAUUUGGAGAUCGGCGAGCAAUGGAAGACGCAAUCCGGGAGAUGCAUGGGCGGGAGCUGAGUGAUCGCAUAAUCUCUGUGAACAAAGCUCAACCCAAAAUGGGAGGGGGAGGAGCUGGAGAGGAUUCUGACCAUGGCUACAGAGGAGGUGGCUACUCAUCUGGUGGCAGGAGAAACUAUGGGGGAGGAGAUAGACCUGUAGGACAAGAUGAAUGCUUCAAGUGUGGUCGACCAGGACAUUGGGCUCGAGAUUGCCCUUCAGCAGGAGGCGGAAGAGGCGGUGGAGGUUCGUUCUCAUCACAUUCUAGGUUUGGGGCUGGUGGCCGUGGGGAUCGCUUUGGUGGAGACCGUGACCGCUACAUGGAUGACCGUUAUGAUGGAGGGCGCUAUGGAGAGAGGGACCGUUUUGACAGCAGAGAUGACAAAUAUGGUAGCCGUGAUCGCUAUGCUAGCGACAGGUACCCAGCCGGUGAUCGUUUUGCAAGUGACAGGUACGGUGGUUCUGAUCGUUAUCCUCAAAAUGGUUAUGGCAAAGAUAGAGGGUAUGAUAGGGAUGGUGGCGCAAGAGGAGGCGACAGGUAUGCAAGCGGAGGGCCAGCUAGAGGCGAUAAUUACAGAAGCAGGCCUGGUCCUUAUGACCGCCCUAGCAGGGGAGGCCGCCCAUCUUCCUUUGACCGUUACUAAAUGUUGCUGUUGGGUGAUUCGGCUGUUUUCAUGAGACUUGUAGCUGUUUUAGCUUAUAAUCUUUUAGGUUCUUGAUGUGGGAUGUUCAGAUUGCAAUUUUAAUGUAGGAUUGAUGGAUGAUAUGCAUUUUAAUUCAGUAUUUUCCAUUUGGGUU